AUGAAAACUGUCUCCUGGCGUCUCCGCCGCGUCGCUCGCCUCCGAGGCCACGUGGGGUGCGCGUGGGGCGCGGCCUGGCGGGCUGACGGGGGACUCCUCGCCACUUGCGGCACGGACAGGCGAAUUUGUCUUUGGGCUCCAAGCGCGACUUCUGCGGCGGAGACCGAUGCGCCCGGUGACCGGUCUCCGCAGGCGCGGUCGGGACGCAGAGGAGACUCUGAAGCCUCCACUCCUCCGCACAGACACACCAGGAGGGGGACUGACGAGAGCGGUCCGGAACCCAAAGAGAGGGCUCCGCCAGGAAUCCACACAGCGACAGGAGACAAGUCCGCGGGCUCUGUCUCUGUGAGUCAGGCGCGUGGUGCGCCGCACGAAGGAGGAACGCGCAAGCCUACAUCCAAUGGAGCGCAGGAGACGCGAGGAGACAAAGGAGGAUCGGAGAGAAGCCAGGUUCCUUCCUGGCAUUUGAUCGGCGUGAUCGAUACUUCGCCCACGCACACGCGAACGAUCCGAAAUGUCGCCUUUUCCCCAGAUGGCUUCUGGCUAGCGGCGGCCUCCUUUGACGCGACUGUCUCCGUGUGGUGCUCCAAUGUGGCUGGCGUCUAUCGCGCGCCCUCGCGAUUCACGCAAGUUCAAGUUCUCGAGGGACCGGAACACGAGGUCAAGUGCGUCGCGUGGAGCCGAACGGGGCGCUAUCUGGCGACCUGCAGUCGCGACAAAACGGUUUGGAUCUUCGAGAGCAGCCAAGAAGACCGCGAGGAAGUCGAGGCAUUUGCAGAGUCUCUGCGGCCGCGCCGCCGGGGACGAACGAGCGCUUUUCGAGGCCCGCGAGGCCUCCGGGACGCCGUGCAAAGGGGAGGCCGUGAGGACGGCGCAGCCGGGACAGAAGCCGAGCGCGGUCGGUGGGGGGCGAAACAGGAAGAGGACGACAAUCUCUUUCUGGAAGAACGGAGAGACUGGCCGCCGCCCUGUCAGCUUGACGUCGAUCUGGGAGACGAUGGAUUCUUCUUUGUUGCCGCCGUCCUCAGCGGGCAUUCCCAGGACGUGAAAGCCGUGCGCUGGCAUCCGAGAGAAGAUCUUUGCAUUUCUGCUUCGUACGACGACACCUUUCGCGUCUGGGGUCCUCAAGGUGGAACUGGCUCUGACUGGGGUCUGCUUCAAGUCGUGAGAGCUCACAGCUCGACGGUUUUGUCGCUGGCAUUCGACCGUUUGGGAAGUCGCCUCGCCACCUGCUCCGACGACCGCCACGUGAAAAUCUGGACUUGCCUCGAUCCCCAGCUCUCGCUUGCACUGGGCGAGAGCCCCGCGGCUCCGCUGUCUCCUCGCUCCUCUCUGCCGUCUCCGCCGGCGACUGCGUUUCCUGUGAUGAGCUCCGAAGACCUCUCUGAACAGGCCUUGCCGUCUCCGCAUGCUGCCGCCGGCGCGGUCGACGCAGGGAAACGCGCAGAUGCACACGUCCUUGAAAGAGAGAGCGAUGCGUCUUCGGCACCCAACAGCCUGACAUCCAACACGCCUGCUUCAGCAACUUCCCUCUCUUCGAGGAUUUUGCCUCCGUGGUACGUCACGGGCAUCUUUCGCGGGGCGAGCCUCGGCGGUGGCCGGGUGUCGCCUGGUCCGGCGGCCUCAGGGGACGGCGCGACUGUCACCGAGGAGUCACAAGGAGACGAAGGCGACACUCAGGCAGCGGACGGUGAGGGCAGGCGAGAGCGCGGCGCCCGCGAGGGUCGAGGAGACGCAGAAGGGGGGACAAGCGACGACGGCGAGCGACGCAGCCAGACGGUCUGUGCUGAGGGGAAUGAGGGAAUCCGUCGGACAGACGCCUGUGGGGGUUCUGUUGCGGAAACCAAAAGCGCACGGCCGCCGACGGCGUGCACAGAAGACGCAGAGAAGAACUGCCUUGCAGGCGGCAGGAGCGGGCCCUCAGAAGAUGACCAGAGCGAUGAGGGAGAAUCGGAUUCGGAAAAGGAAGAAAGAGACAAAGACGAAUUAAAGCGACAACGCCCAGAUCGAUGGCGACCUGAAGCCGCACUCCUCUCCGACAUCCAUAAGAGACCAGUCUACUUCGUCGACUGGCACCAGACGCUCGACAUCAUCGUGACGGCGAGUGGUGACCACGCCCUUCGCUUCUUCGCUGCCGACGCAGAUGAAGAAGGCACCCGCGCGUGGGGUCUGCUGCUCUGCAAGCCUGACGCACACUACAGCGACAUCAACUGCGCUGUGUGGAAUCCUGCGACGCCGUCAUCCAGUCGUAGAUCGGAAGUUUUGCUCGGGACAACGAACGCGCGCAAGACUGCGGCGCUGCUAGCGUCGGUCGACGACGACGGAAAGGUGGCUAUUUGGAGUCUGGAGAAGGCUUCCUGA